AUGAAAGCACGACCAGAGCACGCCCAGGAUAAAUUCCCUCCGCUGUCACCGGCGUCUUGGCCCUACGACCUGCUCAGUAUUCUGCUGGUCUCGGUCCCGAGGUCAUUGGCCCUCUCAUCGAUGGAGAGCACCCGAGUGACCCAUGCACGGCGUAUAUCCGAUGUCAGAAGCGAAAGUUGCGCUUCAGCCAACGUACGGUGCGAGUUUCGAGAGGAUGACUUCAAGCGGCCGCCGGUGUCUCGGGAGUACAUAGGUGCUCUCGAAUCACGUGUUGCAACCCUUGAAGGCGUCCUCGCAAGACUCAAAAGAACUUCGGGUGAGGAGCGCGAUGAGAUACUAGAGGGUAUAUCACCCCAUGACCGCACGCAGCCUUUUGUGCCCGAAGCUGCUGCAGAUCUGGAUGUGGAUGACAUCGCGCUGAGCGAUGCCAUGUCCAAGGCUGCACUGCAUGAGACCGAUGAUGGUUCGGUGGCGUAUCACGGCCCAACGAGCAUCUUCCACAGCAGCCUCAUCGAGCCGCCAAGUCCCAGGCUCUCUUCAGCCGUCUCGACACCAUCCAACAGCGGUGCCGGAACCUUGCACGGUCCAACCAUUCGACUCUGCAUCGGCCUAUUUUUCAGAUGGCAAUAUCCUUCUUUCAUGUUUAUUGACCGCGAGUGCUUUGUGCAGAAGCUUGAUGAAAAAGACGCUACCGGGAUGGAGCCCGGCUUCACUCCCCUUAUCUACGCUUGCUGUGCGAUGGGCGCACCGAUGUCGCCGAAUCCAGAGACACGUGCAAAGUCGGCCUCAUUUGCAGAGUAUUCAGAGACGUUACUGCAAGUCGACAGCCACGAUCCUAGUAUCUGGGAAAAUUGGCUGCUCUCCCACGACCUUGGGUUCUUGGAGACAGCCAGACCGGCCGGCCCAAGUCUUUCAUCACUGUUCCACCAACAAGUCGAACUAGGCCGCAUCAUCCACGAUAUCCUGUCCACGACAUUUGCUCCGAGGCGAAAAGAAGGUUCGAAGACCAGACGGUGGACCAAAAUCUCGCUCAACAAGCUUAAUGCCAGACUUGUUGCUUGGCACGAGGCGUUGCCAAAUGAGAUGAGGUGGAAGAAAUGGCUGACUGCAAAAGACAACUUGCUGCCGGACGUCACCGUACUACACACAUUAUAUCACAGCACUCGGAUCUGCCUCAACCUCCCUUUUCUCACCUCAACCAUAGAGCGCGAGAUGGGUACAGCAGACACGAAACAAAGUCAUGAAAGAAAAAAUGAGUCUCCUGCCAUUCGGUUGAGCCACUUGGCAGAAUCAGCUAGGAUCUGCGAACUGUCAUCCGAGAGCCUCGUGGACAUUCUACAUCGAUUCAGAGCCCAGCACACCCUUGGAAGCGCACCAAUUCUACUGGUAUACGGCGCCAUCGUCGCGACCAACGCGGUUCUCGUGAACUUACGGCAUCAACACAAAAACACAAAUGAGCCCCCAUUGCAAAUCAAGGACACUGCUCUGCCGGCGUUGGAUUCAUACCUUCAGGAACUGAGUGUACCAUGGGCCUUAGCUGGCGAAGCGCGAAUCAAGUUUCAGCGGACACUGAGUAUAUGGCAUCGUCAGAACGCAGCUGGCCAAGAGCCAUCAGGGCCCAUCAACCAAGAAAUUAACUUCUCAGGACAGCCAUCUGCGGAGCCAGGUUUGAAUUUCAUGGAUUCCUAUACAAUGAAUCCUGCUCUUCAUGCUCAGGACCACGGCCAAUAUGUGGAACAACCGCAAAGCUGGUACCAAGGCUAUCACCAGGCCCAUAUUCAAUCGCAAUUGCAGGCGCAACCAAUUACCCAGCAAGGCGAUGCCACCGGCACCGUGUCUUCCCCGGACGUCAACUUCGAAAGCCCCGUGCCGUACGUCUGGGAUCCAAUGAGCGUCAUGGAUGGCGAGGCGGCGUUGUGGGCCAACGUCGGAAGUGACUUUCCGACCGGGCAUGAUCCGAGUUUUGAUGUGGGUGGGAUUGUGUGGACAGACCAACAGCCACCUUCGACGACUCUUUGA